AUGACACCAGGCACCCAAAGAAACGCAUGUCUCUCAUGUCGCCAGCGAAAGCUGAAAUGCGAUCGGCAGCAGCCAUGUGCGAAUUGUAUUGCUCGGUCGGUUGAGUGCACAGAGCAAGCGUUGCCGCAUCCUGGCCGGGCGGUCAAAAGAGCAUUAUCUCAAGAGGCAGACUCUUCAGCACUGUCGGGCAUUCUCUCGAGACUAGAUCAAAUCGAAACUUAUCUCAGCCCAGAUAAAAGGACCAAACAUGUCUCUAUACCGACCCCAAUUAGUAACCAGCUCAACGCCAUUCGAUUCAAUGUUCCCACCGUCCCGCAAACCCAAGAACGCGCUUCCAAUAACGUUGCUGAGUCGAUGCCUCCUGAAGAUCAAAUGCAAGCCACCAAAUACUCGGUCAAUGAUAGCUUCUUGCAUCGCGCGCUCACGCACGAGCUUAGUAUAUCAAUCUCAGCAGACUACAAAUCUCAGAAGACAAUCGAACCUCGCCACAUACAACUUCCUCCCAAGUGGGAGACAAUGCGCCUGUUUCAAGUAUACUUCCAAUACUUGGGCCAUGUCCAGAACAUCAUCUACGAACCCCACGCACGUAUUCUCAUAAACGAGGCAUAUGACCAGAUUGUCAAUAUUUCUGCAACAACUGCACCUCAAGGGCUCGCCUUGAUAUUAUCCGUCAUUGCCUUGGCGACGAUCCUUGAGCCUGUGGAUGGUAACUUAACUUCAGGUAUCCCAAUACUCAAGCAAAGGCUGGUGUUAUUUGCCGCCUACAUUCGAAUGGCGAUGGACUGUCUAGAGCAACAUCGUCGAAGGGCGGACCAUACCCUUGAGAACGUACAAGCAUUGAUCCUCCUCAGCUUUGGCAUCCAUCACACGGAAACAUUUUCUCCUCGGUAUCGUGUCUUGCUUGCUGAAGCUAUUGCUGUUUCUCAUAGCCUUGGACUGCAUGUUGUUGACCGGGUGCCUGUUAGACGGGGCCAUUCAAAGGUUGAUGGGGACCCAGUGACACAGGAGAUAAAGAGGAGGGUUUGGUGGUAUCUCGCUGCCACAGACUGGGCAUCUUCAAAGGCAGAGGGAACGUCUGGGGCUACUUACCUCAUCCAACCGAACCUUAUUAGUACCAACCUCCCAAAACACAUCAACGAUACUGAUGUUAACAACCCCGAGUACAAGGAGUGGCCCCUCUCAGAACCAACCACCAUGUCCUACAACAUCCAGCGAAUCAAGGUCGCCGAAAUAGUUCGCUGCAUUUCUGAUCUAAUGCCGCAUGAUCCAGGCGAAGCAUCGUGUGAGCUAAUCCUCACACUUGAUGCAAAACUGGAGUCAUUGCUAUGCGAGCUACCGAAUUUCUUCAAGGCUGAAUUGGCAGAGUCUGAGGAGACUAAACAGAUUGACCAAAGCUAUCCCCACAUUCCGAUGCAGCGACUCUUGAUCAACCUUCUCAUCAACAUUUUCCGCUGCGGACUGCAUUUCCCAUAUCUUCCCGGACGCGUCAAUAAGACUCUACAUGCAUUUUCGCGUCAAGCGAGCCUCAGGGCUGGUCGAGUUGUUCUUUCUUCCCAGCGUGGCAUGAGCAUGACAGACAUGUCGCACUCUGCUGAUUUCAUGAAGAUCCAGGGCACCAUAUUCCACAUGUUUAUCGGGGCACUUGUUCUUACUACUGAUAUCUGUUGCAACCAGGAUGGUCAGACUCAAUUAUCUGAGCUGAUGGAGGUUCUGAAGAAGCUGGACAAUGUCAAAGGUCAUUCGAAGAUGGCUGCGAAGUUACUGGAUGUGCUGACGCAGUUGCUGGUGACAUAUGGCAUCUGGUCGCCCUCUACAACCGUCUCUACAUAUACAGAAGAUGUAACCCCACUGGAUUAUGAUACAUCGGGACAUGAGGGCCCAAGGGUUGAUAGUCUCGAUAUGCCUUUCCCAUUUGAUGAACUGUGGGAGACAUAUAUCGGACAACCUUGCGGCUUGGACAUGCUGGAUGUCUUAGAUGCGUGA